GUGAUGGAUGCGGAUGGCACCGGGCACCGGGAGCGGCGCGGGCACCGGGAGGGAGAUGCGGACCGGGACAGCGGCAGGGCGGAGAUGGGGACCGGCUCGGGACCGGCCACCAGCCCCCGGGGCGCGCCCGGUGUCCCCCGGGGUGUCCCCCCCGCCCGCCCCGGUAGCGGCUGCGGCCGGACCGCGCCCGCGGAGCCGCCGGGACACGCGGCCGCGCCCGGGAAACGGGACCGGGGUGCGGCUUCCGGCCCCGCCGUGCGGGGAGCCCCGGGGCGCGCCCGCGGGGCUGGCUCCGGUCCCCUCCCCGCCGCCGCCGGGGUGGCUGUGACCCCCCGGUGUCCCCUCCCCGCUGUCCCCGGGGGGCUCUGGGCAGCCCAGGGGGGUCGAGCCCUGGGUGCAGCCUCUCCCUGCUGUCCCCGGGGUGUGUCGGGGUCCCCAGGGUCGCCUUGUGCGGGUUGGGGUCCCCUUCCUGUUGGCGCUGGAGGGUCUCGGGGGUCCCAGGGUGGCUUGGUCCCAGCGGGGCUGGGUACAGCGCGUUCCCUGCCAGUCCUAGGAGAGAGCUCGGGGGUGCCCAGGCUGUCCCGGGAGACCCCCGGGUGGCUGCCCCAUAACUGGGACCCUCGCUGUCCCCACGAUGGCCGGAGGGUCCCCAGCCCAGCCGGAUUGGGCGCAGCCCCUCCCGCGGAGUCCGGAGGUCGCCGGGGCAGCGGGGCUGGGUCCGGGUGUGUCCCCAUCCCGCCUGGGCAAGCUCCGGCUGGGUCGGGAAAUGAUCCCAGUUCCAGCUCCUCUUUGUUUCCCAACGCCUUGGCCCCCGGCCGGCCGCUCCCCACGCCACCCCCCGCGGGGUCCCCAUGCCCCUGGAGACCCCCGCGGUGGCCCAAGGCUUUGGCUCCGGAGGCACACCCGGCUGGGGUCGGUUUUCCUCCUGUCCCUGAGAGCAGCACGUCCCGGGGCUGCUCCCGGUGCUGAGACCCCCGAGCUUGGUGUGUGACAGGGCUGAACUCUGCCCCGAGCUCAGCCUGGCACCCCCGGGUGUGAGCUGGGCACCCCCUGGGCAGCAAUUGCCACAUGUGCCCAGCUGGCACAGGGACACCGGGGCAGGCAGGGCCACCUGCACGUGUUCUGGCUUCUCGGUGCCCCCAGAUGCCAGCGGGGCAGGACAGGGCGUGGGGGCGAUGCAGGGGUGGGCAGCCUCAUGUGCCCACCACGGCUCUGGUGGGCAGAGGGCACAGAGAGACCCGGGGGGCUCGGAACACCCUGGCUGUACGGGCAGGGCCGCUCUGCUCAUGUCCCCUGUGGGCAUUAUCUCCAGCACGGGUGGCACCGCUCCAGUGGCACCUUGGCACAGCACCUGGCCAGGGGUGGGGUCUGGCUGCCCCGCCGGGGUGGGGACACCGCCGCCAUCAGCGCUGGCCCCACGCUCCUGCGCCAGCCCCGGAUCUGGCUGCGGGCCCGAGCAAACGGGCGAGAUCAGCAAACAAGCUCCGACCGGCCCCCGGUGGCUGCCAAGCCCGUGAGCGGCGCCGGGGCCCGGCCGCGGGAUGGGGAUGCUCAGGGUGGCACAGAGGGGUCACGGCGCUGCCCACCCUGCCCCUCGGGUGGGCACAGAGCCAGCGCCUGCUCCCGCCAGCUGGGCAGGAAGAGGGCAGAGCCCGGGCAGCGCCUGGCACGGGUGAUAAGGCUGCACGCCGGACAUCAGGCAGGACGGGGCAACGGGGCGGGGGCUGCGGUGCCACCGGCGCCACUGAUGGGUGCCAU